AGUUCAAUUUUGUAAACAACAAAAAUGGCGUCCUCUCAGGAUGCUUGGUAUUUAUCUCUUCUAGGAUUAGCAGAGCAUUUUAGGACUUCCAACCCUCCUAUGAUAAAAUUAUGUAUCCAGUGUUUACAGGCGGUAUUUAAUUUUAAACCUCCACCACGAGUAGAGGCUCGGACACAUUUACAAUUAGGAAAUAUCCUACUUACUCAUACAAAAAAUACAGAUUUAGCUAAAACUCAUUUAGAACAAGCUUGGAUGCUGUCGCAGAUGAUAAACUCAUUCGAUGAUGUUAAAUUCGAAGCCGCUAGUGUUCUCGCUGAUUUAUACGAACAACAAAGUCAGUCUGCACUGUCUAAACCAAUAUUAAGAAAAGCGAUUGAGUUAUCACAACAUAAUGUUUAUUGGCAUUGUAGAUUGAUUUUUCAAUUAGCUCAAAUCCAUGCUACAGAAAAAGAUUAUCAAUUAGCAAGUAGUUUGUUGGGAGUUGGUGUUGAUUAUGCUCAUAUUUCCAAUGCUUAUUAUACAAGAGUUUUAUUUUUAUUGAGCAAAGGAAUGUUAUUAAUUAUUGAUAAAAAAUAUCAAGAUGUUCAAUCUAUCUUAACUCAAGCUAACCAUUUAAUUGAAACUUGGACAGGAGGACCAACUCAAAAAGAAUAUUUAAAAAUUUUUCAUUUAAUACUACAAGUCUGCCAUUCUUUGGCAUUUGGACAAACAAGAGGUGUUAAACCGUACUUAAAAACUCUACAAACAAGUCUGCAAACACUUUUAACAAUUGAAGAUGAUUUAACAAACAAUGAAAUGUUUCUUUGGUUACCAAAAGAUCAUCUUUGGUUGCUUGGUAUGAUUGUAAUGGUAAUGCAUAGUAUGCAAUCUGGUUACAUGGAUAAAGCACAAAAAUUUUCUGACAAAGCUAUGGCUCAUUUAGAAAAAUUAAAAGUUAGUGAUAAUAAAUCGAUUUUAUCAGUAUUUCACAUAAACCUACUUGAACAUAUGAUUAUGUGCCGUUUAGUUAUGGGUAAUAAAACGAUGGCAAUCCAAGAAAUUUCAACGUGCGCCACGAUUUGCAAAGAUAAUCCAAAAUUACUUGACACGCAUAGUACUCAACUACACGCACUUCUCGGGUUAUAUUCGAUGAAUAUGAACUGUUUUGAAGCCGCUGAAGCUCAAUUUAACAUCGUCUUAUCUACCGCCCAAAGUCGAGAUUUAUUCACAUUUGGAAAUCUUAACUUAGCCAUCAUUUUUUUAAGAAAUAAACGCGAAUCGGAAUUAAAUAAUAUAUUAGAUCGGAUUCUUCCGGAUAAUUUACCAUCAAUUUCGCAAAGUUUACGAGCAGCUGCUUAUUAUGUUCAAGGGCUCCAAGCAUUUUUUGAAAUGAGAUUUAAUGACGCAAAAAGAUUUUUAAGAGAAACUUUAAAAAUGGCAAAUGCAGAAGAUAUGAAUCGAUUAACAUCCUGCUGUUUAGUGUUAUUGGGACAUGUAUUUCUUUCAUUACGAAAUCAUCGUGAAAGUAUGAAUAUGGUUUCACCGGCCAUGCAAUUGGCAAGCAAAAUACCGGAUAUUCACGUUCAAUUAUGGGCUUCGGCAAUAUUAAAAGAUCUUUACCAAAUUUGUGGUGAUCCACACAGAGAGGGUGAAGCUUAUCAACAACAUGUGCAUUUUUCUCAAAUGCUGUUGAAAGAACAUUAUCAAGCUUCGAAGCUUCCUGCUCAUAAUUUAAUUCAUUGGACUCAAGGACCAGUUCCUCCCAGUAUUACACAACCCAGUUCAUCAUCACCAAGUACUUCUUCAGCUGGUACAGCUGGUACAGCUGGGACAGGUGGUGCUACACCAUUGGGUUAAUUUAUUUAUGUUUAGGUAAAUAAAUAAGAUUUUAUAUUAUUCUUUAAUAUGACUUUACGAGUUUAUUUAUUGUAUAUUUUAACCAGAUUUAAUAAAACAAGUUUUUUUUUUAAAUUUUUAAA